GUUACCUGGCUGCUUACAGGCAAGUGUGCCGGCCCUACUGCUCUAUAUAGCUGUGCUACUUCUACAGCUGUGAGGCCAGUUGUAUGUACUAAGGCAGCUGCUGAAGGAGGGACUGGAGCACACCUCUUCUGGAAAGAUGUUGUUCCAUAAAGUAUGUUUGGUGCUCCAACUGUGGCUAUGGACAUACUUCCCUUUCUGCACAAGUCAUGUAGGAACUUCUUCCAAGCAAAACUUCAGUCCCAGAAGACCUCAUCCCCUCAUGCAAGCCUUGCUGACCAGGACACUCCAUGACAAAGAAGAUUCCCUCUCCUUGGAAGAUGCAGAGAAGGAGCAGGGGUAUUACCUACAGCAGUUAUUUCACUUAUAUGGGGAGAAUGACACUUUAACCUAUGAAGGACUCACCCUGCUGCUUCAGAAUUUGGGACUAGGAAAAGUACAGGUGGUGGAGAUAGAACACACAGAUCUGGGGCAUGACCACGUCUCUCACCUUGAUAUCCUAGACGUUCAGGGAAAUAAGCAUAGCCAUAUGCACUCCAGCCGGGAACACUUGCAGUCAUCCACUACUAUGCCAUUGCCUGUGAUACAAACCAAGAAUGCUAGAAGCGUGGAGGUCAAUUCCGGUAUCACUCGUCCAGUGCAUGCGGUAUCACUAAAGUCCACACAAAUGCCACCACAUAAUGGGAAGAGAGGCUCUACGCAGCCAGGACAAAACCAGAGGCCAACAGAGGACAUUCUGAAACGCGUGAUUCAGUUGCACCAUUCUCAGUUUUCCCACCAACAUGAAAAUUGCUUGAAUGUGACACAGUUGUUAAUGAACUUUGGCCUUUCUUGGGUGUCUGCAAUCACCCCUCAACAAUUCUCCCUGCUUUGCCCUGCGCUGCUGUACCAGAUUGACAGCCGCGUGUGUAUCCACCAUAGUGAUGAACUGACUAAUUCCAAACCUGAUUCUAAGCAAGCAUUGCUGCAAGUUCUUGGUUGGGGGGCUCUUGCUGUGACGGUGAUCAGUGCCCCCUCCCUUUUAGCAGUUGCAUUUGUUCCACUUCUAAGACGCCCCCUGUUCCGCUAUUUGCUGAGGUUCCUGGUGGCCCUGGCAGUGGGGACGCUGUGCGGUGAUGCAUUACUGCAUCUAAUGCCACAUGCUCAGGAAGAUCACACUGGCAAUCAGCACGGUGGGAAAACUCAUGCAAUAGAACCAGUUCUAAAAGGGCUGAGCGUACUUGGGGGCUUGUACCUCCUUUUUCUGAUUGAAAAUCUUAUGGGACUGCUGAAGCAAAGACAACAACUGAAGAGACUUUCAAAACCAGAAGUGCCUGCAGGUGAUGAAAGCUACACCACUGCAUUAUGGGACCUUGGCAGCCCUGUUGAGUCUGAGUUUUGUGAAGUCUCCAGGGCAGCAGAAAUUUUGCAGAGAGGCAAUGAAGAAGUGGCAAUCAGACGAAGAGAUGAAAAAGACGCCCCUGCUCCGCAUAGUCAUUCAGGGCAUUCGCACAACAUGGCAAGCAAAGGCAUUACAGAGAUCGUAUGGAUGGUUCUUCUUGGGGAUGGUAUCCAUAAUUUUACUGACGGAUUGGCUAUUGGUGCAGCUUUCUCUUCCGGCUUUUCUGGAGGCCUCAGCACCACUGUUGCAGUGUUUUGCCAUGAGCUGCCACAUGAGCUUGGUGAUUUUGCCGUCUUACUGCAGAGUGGAGUCCCAGUGAGGAAGGUCCUCUUUUUCAGCUUGGUGUCAGCAUUCCUGUCAUUCUUUGGAAUGAUAAUUGGGGCUGUAGCCAGUCAGAACUCAGCUCAGAUAACUCCUUGGAUAUUUGCUGCUACAGCUGGCAUUUUUCUCUAUGUGGCAUUGGUAGAUAUGCUUCCACAAAUGUUACACCGGGAGACCGCUGAUCCAUGCCAGGGAAAGGACUGUGUCAUCCACAGCCUUGGAUUCCUGCUUGGUUGUGCCAUUAUGUUUUGCAUUGCUCUGUAUCAGGACCAGAUGGUGUUUCUGGACUUAUAGCGAAUGGAAGACAGUUGUUUUAUUAUUGGGCCCAAACAUAGAUCUGUACAGUGUUAAAGGUAUGUGUAAAAUAAAUUUGAAAAUUUAAAUACAUUCACA